CAUCCUUUUGGCGCGAGCGCGAGCGCGCGCCUGGCAGCUUGGCUGGCUGAGCUAAAAUUAGCCUCGUGCCGGAUUUUUCUGUCUGCGUGCGGCAAGCGGCAGCAGCAGCAGCAUAUGUGGAUCCGAAUCCGAAUUAACGAGGGUCUACACUCACGCACGCAUGUCUAGGCACGCGCUCAUGCACGCUACCGGUGAAUAGGACAGCAGCUUCCACCGUGCCGUGCCCCAGGACGUCAUGCACCACUUUUGGAGAUGCUCUAAAAAUAGAAUUUGUUGAUGAUGGUUUUGACUGUGAUGAAAUUGAACAUCUUCUGUAUCCGGCAUCUUUUAGCUAUGAUUCUCUCCCUGGCCGCAGUAGCAGCCAUGAGCAGCGGCAGCGGCCUCAACUCCUCCCCCCUCGACCCCUUCGACUCCUCCACCUCGUGGAGCCUAGCCGAGGACCCUUCCAACUCCUCUUCUGAGCCCGUUGUGCGAACUCUGACCCCUGACCUCCAGCCAGCCACCACCGCUGUUGCCAUCCAGGAAGUCAACCCCUGGGAUAUUGCGCUUUGCGUGACCGGGACUCUCAUCUCCUGCGAGAACGCUCUGGUGAUCGCUGUGCUGUUCUACACGCCGACGCUCCGCGCUCCCAUGUUCAUCUUGAUUGGAUCACUGGCGGUGGCAGAUCUUCUGGCCGGCCUGGGCCUCAUCUUGAACUUUGUCUUCACCUAUUUGGUUGACAGCUCGGUGGAGUUUGUGACGCUGCUGUCGGUCGGACUGCUCAUCUCGUCGUUCUCGGCAUCUAUCCUCAACAUUCUCGCCAUCACGGUGGACCGCUACCUGUCGCUGUACAACGCCCUGACCUACCACACAGAACGGACAGUCACCUACACCUACGUGAUGGUGGCCCUCAUCUGGGUGCUGUGCCUCACGCUCGGCUUGCUGCCGGCGUUCGGUUGGAACUGUAUGCGGGACGAGUACACGUGCAGCAUCUGCUGGCCCGUCACGAAAAUCAAUGCCGUGGCGCUCGCCGUCACCUUCCUGCUCGUCUUCGCCUUGAUGAUGCAGCUCUACCUUCAAAUCUGCAAGAUCGCCUUCCGCCAUGCGCAGCAGAUCGCCGUGCAGCACCAAUUUGUGGGCAUCUCCACCACCAAAGGUGUUUCCACACUGUCGGCCAUCCUGUGUGCCUUCGGGGCGUGCUGGCUGCCGUUUGCCAUGUACUCCAUCGUGGCCGACUCCAGCUACCCCAUAAUAUACACCUACGCCACGGUCCUCCCAGCCACCUGCUGCUCUGUGAUCAACCCCAUCAUCUAUGCGUUCCGAAACCCGGACAUCCAGAAGUCGCUGUGGAUGGCCUGUUGCGGGUGCGUCCCGUCCAACCUCUCCCUCAGACCAAGGACCUCCAGUGAUGUGUAGCAGGAGAAGGUUGGUUUCUGUCUGGCAUGAUGCUCGACACCAAAUCAGGGUAGUAGGAUGGAGAGGACGAACUGGGAACAAGAGAUCAGGAGGUGAAAGGUAAUGGCUGAGGAAAGAGAUUUCCUCUACACUUCAUAUCAGGGCUGGUAGGCUGAUGGCGAACGCACAGCUGGCCACAGUAAAAGUGGCAGUGGAACAUGUAGAAGCAAAGUCAAAAAUGCAUGGUCAAAAAAAAAGAUAGAGCUAAUACAGAUCAUGUGGCUUGGAGAAAACCAACAGAGGGAUGGAUGUGACGUGAAACCAACUGCAAAAACCUGAUUGAGGUUUCCUCGUGGUGAUUGUAGGAGAGGCUGGGGUGCGUCUUUUGACUUUUUCAACUGAGAGGAGUAAAGCCUACUUCUCAAAAGUAGCAUAUAUGUGACGGCUGGGUUUAGGAAGAAAUGUCCUCAAAUCUCAAUAGGACCUAAACUUCGGCAACACUGCAUGGUUAUGCAAUCCGAAGGAGGGAAAACGUCUUAAAAUACUGUAUGUGUUUUAACUGAUGUGUUUGAAAUGAAGUGGCGUGUGGAUAAAAUCACAAUGAGCUAAAUAUAGACAACAAAUGACCUUGAUUAUUCUCAAUGAGCUAUCUUUACAGGCAUCUCCUGACAGGAAAAAAAACAAGAAUAUUUCCUCCCUUGAAACUUAUUGUAACAUCGAUGUUCCCCAUGAUCUGAUGCAGAUUCAAUAAUUAGUGAGUUUAUAGACAGAGAGUGCAACAAUAAUUCAUUUAUAUGUGCUGAGAUUGAAAUUAGAUGGUGUUCAUUGACACUGAUAGUCUACCGGGCCCAUUUUCCCAACGCCAACAGCACAAACUGCGUCUCGUCAAACACAUUUUGCACAAGUGCAUGAAGUUGGCGAAAAUUGAGAGAAACAGCUCCUAAUCACAACCCUGAAAAUUAAAUCUAAUCCACACGGCUCCUAAUGCACAGAUAACACUGCUAGUUUGCAAAAACCUAGAGAGGGAUUUCCAAAUUGGGGCCACCGUGUCUUUCCUUGAUUUGAUGAAAUGAAAUCUGCUCCCCGUCUAAGAAAAGCGGUUUUCUCAGCCAGCUGGUGUGCCGUGACUGUGAAGCAGAGAGAGCUGAAUUCAGCACCAAGGACAGCGCCACUGCAGAGCGCAGCCUGCUACCCUGGGAAUGCUCUCUGCGGAGGGGGGGGGGGUGGGGGGGGGGACGACUGCUGGAAAGUAGGCUACGCUGUUCUCUACACCAUCUUGAUAGGAUAUGUGAGUUGGGUUUUAAAGGGCCGUUCCAGUGGAGUUUGAUUGCUCAUUUUGCUACACAUUCAGUGUCAAUUGACUGUUUUUUUAUGCAUACAUGAUGGCUUAAGGUAUUUUGAAAAUCAUGUUUGCUAGAAAUGCAUAAUUCACCUGAUUCAGUGCUGAAAAGACAAACACAACAUCACGAUAUGUCUAAUUUGGCCAGUGAAGGUUGUCUAUCACUGUGACUCAGAGAGCAGCUUUUAUUUCUGAAGCGCUGCACAUUUUGAAAUCACUUCCAGUUUCUGCUUGUAAGCAAGACCACCAGGAACGAUGUCAAAUAGUAGCUAAUGUCAAACAAAAGUCAAUCAAGGCCAAUCAAAAUGCUUUCACCAGCUAUUAUGUGAAAUGAAAUGGUAACUCCUCAUUUUACACAUUAGCGGGACCUAUUUUCUUAAAAGGAUAUUUACUAAUACAACAGUUCCAAUGAAGGCAAUAAAACACUGAAAAUCAUUCUACAAUGAAGUUUAAAAAAGCAAGGGACUACAGAAAAUGCCUCCAGUCAUGCUCAAAUUCUCCUUAAAUAUCCUCUUGAGGUCCUAUAGCGCGACUCCGACUCUGUUCCCUCUGUCCUCCAUCGUUCUCUGGCCUCUCUUGUAUCUCAGCGGCACAAAUUAUGCAUGAGAAAAGCAAUGUAUGGCCCCAGGAGCGCCGGUAAAGCAAGCCUUCUGACACUUGCAAGGUGAAAGCAGCUGAUGUUUUUCAGACGCAAAGGGACCUCGGCGUUUAUCUGCAUCUGCAGAACGCCUUUUCAUCUCUAAAUUUAGAGACAGCAUUCUAACUCCAUUGCCCGAUUGAUUAUUCAUCAGCUAGAGGAAGAGCUGAGCACAAUCCAUAUUGAAUAGGUCAUUUUUCAUGUAGAGGGCUUUGGUUGCCUAGAGUACAUUCAGGUUGAAAAACUCUACGCUGGAUGUUUUUUUCCAUUGCUAUGGAAUAAUAAACAAACAUUCAAUACUUUAGUCCCAUUAUGAGGAGUAUUCAAGGGAAAUAGCAAAAGCCGAUAUGAACAACAUGUAUUCACAAAUCUAUAAUAAUACUGUAAAACAGAUGGUCUAAAUUCUUCUGGCUUGUGCUUUACGCCUUCCAUUUUCUUACUGGCGGUAGCUAGGAUAAUUGACUGACACACGCACACGCACACACACACACACACUCACACACACACACACACACACACACAUCUCUCUCUCUCUCUCUCUCUCUCUCUCUCGAAUAAGCAGUGCAGCUCUGCCCCGGGGCCCCUCUGAAGGCUCGGCAGGUUAAUGAGAAGCGAGAGAGGCGAGGUGACGUGGCGUGAAAUAGAAACGCCAGGCGAGACGCGCUUUAGCGUAACCUCAGGUCACGUCCACCACACACCCAAUCAGGAUGAAGUCAUUUCCCACUGAAAGGGCAUCAUGUAAGUUAAAUCCAGCUAAUGUUAAUAACAACUCGGUAAUAAUGGCGCCGGGAAUUGGCCUAAUGUACGGAGGAUGUAGUGAGGAUGAGCAGGGGAGGGGAUUUAUUGCCCACCUCUAUCUGCAUUGAAAUGAUCUACAGAGAUAGUUUUCACUUGUGUUCCUCUGCACAACCUCACAGAGAGGAACCAUGACUAAGCUGCUGGCAUGCUGCUAAUAUACAUGAGUGGGAGGUGUUCUGGCUUUGGGAAAAUAGUUCAUGGAAACUGCAUAGUUUCAAUCUAUAAAACUCACUCAACUCAAUACUAGGAAAAGAAAAUACACGUUGACAGAGAGUCUCUUCCAAAUUCAACGCUUUCUACCAAAUAAACCACAACCAUAGUCAACAGCAAAGAACACACUUUAAAAAAUGGCGCUCAGGAGAAGCAGGUAUUAAGAUUUUUUCUAUAGUGUAAAUCAAAACUUAGAGUAGAAUUGUUUUCUAUUUUCCUCGGGCAGCAGCAAACAAUCAAUUGUUGUUUUGUUGGCAGAACAACAGUUUCACUUACUCUGUCAAUGUUUUUACUUAAAAGGCAGAGUCUCUUGUGUUUUUUGUUGUUGUUUUUUGGCCUUAUUGGAACAAAAACUCCUUUGCAAUAAUGUCCAACUUUAUUUUGAUGUGUAUAAAAAGCCACAAUGGAGAACAAAGAGAGAAAGAAAGACGGAGGUGGUGGUGGGCUGGAUGGUUUGCAGAAUAACUUAAAGUCAAUAUGUCAAAGCAACAAAUAGCACAUGGUACUGUAUUUUUGGGAACGAGGCCUGGCUGACUGGCUGGUGGGUUUUUUCUCUCCAAAAGACAUUUCAGCAGGAGCUGAAUCCUGGAAGUAGGACAAACCUAAAUAUGAAGCAAAUGCUCCAUUUCCAUUUAUAGACGGUGUUUUGCAGACAGAUUUCUUGCAAUACUUUUUAUUCUCACUAAAAUUAGCUUUAUUUUCAUGUUCGCAGUAGCUUCCUUAGUGUUAGAUGUCUAAUUUUAUAAUACAAGAGUUAAAAAACACACAUCUGAAAGUCCCAGCUGUUAAACAAGUGGCCCACCUCCCUCUCUCACUCUCUCUUUUUGCUCAAUCAACGCAUUGACGGAACUGCCGAACGGUAAAAGACUUGCAUCAAUUAUUAAGUGAAAUACUUUAAACUACUCUGAGGUUGAAAACAUGAGACGGAUGGAGCUCGGUACUUUUGGCAAGCUUGGUGAACUGCAGCACUGUGGGUGACGUGACUCACCAAACUACUCGAUCCCAGAGAGAUAAUUAAAUCCAUUUCACGUAGGAAUCUGAUGCAGAUGGCACACAGUUCUCCUCCUGUACGCACAAUGCUGUGGGACACUUGCUUAGUCACCUGUGUUUGGAGAUGCUAGAUGGGACACACAGAUUACACUUUUAGGCGAGGCCUGUUUCUAUGAAACAGCCAUGUAACUGAUGGGGAAUCUGCAAUAGCUUGGCUAAUGCUAAGCUAUUGGAUGCAGCUUUCAAGCUGUCCCUCUGUUUUACCUCCCGAUUAAAAAUUGAUCAAACUCAGAUUCAAUUAGGACCGUGAAUCAGAUUUGGCUGAAACAGAAAUGUAUUUUUGUGGAUUGUUUCAGCCUCCGUUGGCGACAGAUGGCUGUGCCUUACAGCGGAUCUCAAUGACAAAUGUCAAAGGGUUUUAAUCAUGGGAAGUCACCAGCUUUUGGCUCCAGUUAAAGCUCAGUCACACAAACUCUUAAAAUGUAAAAGUAUCCCAGCAAAAUCUAUUUACUUCAAUGGAAUCGGUGCAAUCAGAGUAUUCUCUCAUAAGGAUUGCUGCACCAUUCACUUUUAUUGACCUCUCCUCUGAUAGAGCAUAAACAGAGUUAACAAACCUUUUUUUUAAUAACUCUAUUGAAUGAAAUGACUUACAAUCCAAAAGACAAAAUGUCAGGGGGAGUAAACAGCACAGUGCAGAGGAAGAGAGGGCCGUCCACACCAUGAAUGAGAACUGUAAUGAAAACAACAAAGAUGGGAGCCUCCACACUGAAACACGACAACGUUCUGUAAACAGUGGCGCAGAGUAGUACGUUGUGCAGAGAAAGGAAAAGUAAAGCAGAAGGGUUUGGGUUCACUAAAUUCUUCAAAGACGGGCGAAAUUAGGAGAAUCCAACACGAUACCGUUACUACAGUUGUCGUCCGCUGUCGUUUGGAGAGGAUUGGGUAUCGAGAACCGGUGUCAUCUAGGAAUCCUUUCAAAAAUCAUAAUUCCAAUGAAAUCUUUUUUUUUUAUUAUUGGAAUUGUUUGGAAAAUUGGGUUUAAAAUACGAUUAUCGGUUCCAGAUUUAACACGGGCAUGUUCUGGUUUCCGUAGUGACCACCGUACUUCCUGGCGUUUGUUGCGUUGCAGCCAUGGAGCACAGUAAACGGCGCUCUAGUGUGUGUUUUACGUUGAAAAAGCCCGGUGAAACUGUAACUCACCAUUGAAUCUACACAUUUUUUCGAGAGAACUGGCAUCGAAAGGAAGAAUCGGAAUUGUUGAAAUCAAAACGAUGCCCAACCCUACUUUCAGAGAAGUCAACACUGAUGUGACGGUUGGUAUCCCGGCAAUCAUUGAAGAGGACAUCAGUACAUUCGGAUGGACUUUGAUUGGCUGUCAGUGUUUCUAUUGUUUAUCAAAUUGCUCCGAAAGUGAACCCAACCAUAUUGUUCGCCGCUGUCAGUUGUCUAACUUCAGUUAGAACGAUUUAAAAAAAGAUAGAUUUUUAGAUUGCUCUUGGUGUGGACGGCCCUUUAUAGUGACCAGCGAGCGCUAGUAUAUUCUCGGCUAGCUUGCGAGUUAGCAGUUAGCUCACCAAGUGUCUGGAACCAAAUACUUAAAUAGUUGACCUUAACACUUUCGGGUGUGUAAUGGCCUUUAAAGGUGAAUCAGUUUUCUGAGAUUUACUUGGAUCAAUGAAUACUAUACUCCUCUGUGGGAUGAGAACAAUGUUCGACUUCUAGUCUUCCUUUUAAAACCUGCUGAGGAUAAACUUAAAAAGAAAUGUUUUGGGACAAUUUUGUGUCCUUCGGCAGUAAAAAUGCAAACUAUUUUGAAUUUUCUUUCAGGGAAUAAACUCCAUUUGAUCCAAGUCUGGAGGGAAUCAUGAGCCCCAAAGUAAAAACCACAAAUCAGCCAUUUUACGAGUGCACUGACUGAAAUGUGAAAUCCAGCGUUGCUCAACUGGAACUAGAGCGACUAAACAGCUGAUCUGAAGUCAGUGUUUACUCCAGCAGCAUUACACAGCGGUAUUUCAAACAUUGUCUCUGACGGUCCCAUCUGGCACAUCCAACUGGUGAUUGUUUUAACAAUUUAUAAUACUCAUCUGUGAAUAUGCCACAACUCAGUCAACUAUCCUGGGGCAAGAGUGGAUGGACCACUCACUGUGUGUGUGUGUGUGUGUGUGUGUGUGUGUGUGUGUGUGUGUGUGUGUGUGUGUGUGUGUGUUCUCCCCCCUGGGAUCAUAGCCAAUUGUAAUGAACCAUAACUCAACCAACUCUCACUGUAAACACAAACACACGCAGAAUGGUUUUGUCAGCCGCUAUACAGGACUAUAAUUCAAUUUAAAUGAAGAAAAAAAAAA